ACCUCUUGCUACGCUCGUCGCAUCAUCACCAUGCUGGAGCUGACUUCGGCAAUUAAAAACUAACAGAGGCCAGUGGAACUGAUACUCGAACUAAUCAACGAGCAGGCAUCGCCAUCGGGCAAUCACAAGAGUCAAAACAUCGAGUCGGCACACCCGCGCGGAAGCAGCAUCGGAUCGCACGCUACGUAGCUCCCAAUGGCGCUACUUCCUCGUCUCCUUCUGGUGGCCCUUCUCCUCGUCGCCGUCACCGGCGAGGCGGACGCCGGCGGCGCUGGCCACGGCCAGGCGCGCUACGACCGCGUCUUCAGCUUCGGCGACUCGCUCACCGACACCGGCAACUCGGCCAUCCUCCCGGUCACCGCCGGGGGACCCUUCACCAACCCGCCGUACGGGCAGACCCACUUUGGCCGGCCCAACGGCAGGGCCUCCGACGGCCGCCUCGUCAUCGACUUCAUCGUGGAGUCUCUGGGGUUGCCGCCGCCAACUCCGUACCUCGCCGGCAAGACCGCGGUCGACUUCCUGCACGGCGCCAACUUCGCGGUGGGCGGCGCGACGGCGCUUGACCCGGCGUUCCUGCAGAGCAGAGGGAUCACAUCGUUCGUGCCGGUCUCUCUCAGCAACCAGACGAGCUGGUUCAACGGUGUUUUGCAGCUUCUCGACUCCACAGGCAACGGGCAGCGCAAGAUCAUGGCGAGCUCCCUCCUGUACCUGGGCGAGAUCGGAUUCAACGACUACUCUUUCGUCGCCGUCUUCGGCAACGGCACCGUGGGCCUGGCGCAGAGUCUGGUGCCGCACAUCGUCGGUGCCAUCCGUUCAGUCCUGACCGACGCGAUCGGUGUUGGAGCGCGGACGAUGGUGGUGGCGGGGAUGAUACCGAUGGGGUGCGAGCCGGAGCUGCUCGCCCUCCUACCCGGCGGCGCGGGCGACUACUACGACCGGGCGUCCGGCUGCAUCGCGCGGUUCAACCAGCUCGCCCAGCUGCACAACCGCGCGCUGAAGCGCAUGCUCUGCCAGCUCCGGCGAGACCACCCCGGCGCGGCCAUCCACUACGCCGAUCUGUACCGCCUCAUCGCCGCAGUCGUCUCCUCGCCCAGAAAAUACGGCUUCGGCGACAUGCCCUUGGCAGCGUGCUGCGGCGGCGGCGGCGGGCCGUACAACUUCAACUUCACCUUCUUCUGCGGCACUCCGGCGGCGAUCGCGUGCGCCGAUCCGUCGGAAUCCGUUUCGUGGGAUGGGAUCCAUUACACGGAGGCUGCAAAUAGGUUCGUUGCACACGCCAUACUGAGGGGAUUGUAAUGAGCCAUCAACGAACAAAACGCAAACAAGGCCUGGACAGCAAAUAUUGAGUUUUUGGUGUUGUAGAUGUAACGGGAAAAAAAUAUACGAGUAGUUCGUAAAGUAUACUUACAUUUGUUUUUUUUUUCUAAAAAAGGCAAAAGAUUUGCCUUGUUCAUGGAUUAUAAGAUGGGAAAAGAGUUUAAGGUUUAUGUGAUAA